CCUUCCGCGACCGUGGAAGAAGAGCGCGGCGGCCACCGGUGCGGCGUUUAUCUCGGCCGAGUGUUACGGACGGAGAACAGAGUGCGCAGACGUUGCUCUAUUUCGGCUCUAGGCGGUCUGCACUCUCUCUACAGCCGGCGCCGCCGUGGUACCGAGGUACCGCGUGAACCUCCGCGGCUCGUAGCGUCCGUUCUCGAUCUACACCGGUGAACCCGCUGCUGCGAGUACGAGAACCGCGCGCGAUCGCCAAGAGAAUCGUCAGGCUCGCCCGCUCUUCUGCACGCCCCAAGGGGAGCCGUCGCGCGCGCGGGAUGUCCCAUUGACUUCCGUCAGUGGAAGUGAACAGGCGCGUCAGACGCGCGCGAGUGGCGGGGGACCGUUCUCCUUCUUGCGUAGGAGCGACGACGUGUGGUGAACCCGCGGAAACCGCGGCCGCGUGCGUAUCCGCAUCGCCUUUCGCUUUCUACGAGUGAUUUCUGUGAUUCGUGACCCGGCGGACCCUUCGGGCGGUCCUGAAGCACUGAUUCCCCACCGGACGACGAGGGCGCGAGGGCUCCAGGGAGAACAUCGGCCGCGCACUAUCUCUCAUCGGCUAGGAUGGACCGGAAGAUCACGCUGUACAUCACCAUUUGGAUGCUGACGGUGGUCACUCUGAGGUGUCAGGCGACCACUCACGAGAACACCGAGGCGGACGGGAAUUCUGAGGAUUCUGUUAUCGACGACACGACCGAGGAUUAUUGGGCGGGCAGCGGAUCGGGGCCUGAUGAGGAUGAUACUUCUCAUAACGAAACCAGGGAAGCGUUAACUCACGAGGCCAGCGAUCAUGAUGCUGUCGUGUACAUCGGCGAGGGCGGCACCUACGUGCCGGUCCCAUCGUUGAAGAACCGGCCGUUAAGCCCGAACCUCCAGGCUCUUCAGACUCUUCAGGGCUUGCAAAGUCUCUCCACAGGCGGAGGCACGGGUGUAGCCAGCGACGAGGAUUGGAGAAGGCAUCCGGAAACCUGGGACCGCGAACACCGAAGAUACAGGCCCAACACGACGAGAGUGCAGCAUAUCGAGGCGGAAUGCCAAGACGACUACAUGAAAAUCAGAAUUGGAUUCAACGGAUCGUUCGCCGGUCUCCUGUAUUCAGCAGGCUACUCGUACGACCCGGAUUGCAUGUACGUUAACGGGACGGGCCGCGACUACUACGAGUUCUACAUUCAGCUGAAUCGAUGCGGCACCCUCGGCGAGAACACUCAUCAUCAGGACAGCAGGAAGAAUCCGACGAAAAAUCUUAUGUGGAACACGGUCACGGUGCAGUACAACCCGCUGAUAGAGGAGGAGUUCGACGAGCACUUUAAGGUGACCUGCGAGUACGGCUACGAUUUCUGGAAGACGGUCACGUUUCCCUUUCUCGACGUCGAGGUCGCCACGGGAAAUCCCGUAGUCUUCACCCUGCAGCCUCCAGAGUGCUACAUGGAAAUCAGAUACGGUUACGGGACCACUGGAACUAGAGUGGCUGGACCAGUUCGCGUCGGCGAUCCUCUGACUCUCAUUAUCUACAUGCGCAGCAAAUACGACGGCUUUGACAUUGUCGUGAACGACUGCUACGCGCACAACGGCGGGAACAAGCGAAUCCAACUGAUCGAUCAGUACGGAUGUCCGGUGGACGACAAGCUAAUCAGCCGGUUCCGGGGUUCCUGGUCGGAGAGCGGCUUGUUCGAGACGCAGGUCUUUGCUUACAUGAAGACCUUCAGGUUCACGGGAUCGCCGGCUCUGUAUAUCGAAUGCGACGUUCGCAUGUGCCACGGAAGAUGCCCGAGCCAACCUUGCCAUUGGAGAAACGCGAAGAACGUGGUGAAACGAUCGGUGUCGGAAAUGAUCGGUGGACCAUCGACACCGGCAACCAGUUUGUCGGAGAACGUGAAUCUCUUCCAGUCUCUUCGCGUUCUUCAGGAAGGUGAGGCGGACACGGAACUGUUCCAGAAUUCCACCAGCACCUCUCGCAGCGGAUUUCGCGAAUCUACGGCUGACAGAGUGUGCUUGAAAUCUUCGGUGGCUAGCACAGUAGUAGGGCUCGGCUGCGGCUUCUUCUGCAUCAUGGCCGGCACGAUACUGGCCAUGUGCUCGCGAAUACGGCGACAAGCGCGGGAGAAGCUGCUGUCGGACAGCAUAAGCUACAUGACGCAUAAAGGCCGAAUCAACUAGAGGCAGCGUGGAAGCUUACUUCUUCCCUCAUCUCUUCUCUUCCCGAUCGAUUGCGAUCUCGCGUCUUUCGCGCGGAGUUGCCAAGAAAAUGCUCCGCUGAUAACAACGAGAACGCAUACUCCCUGUUGUUAAGGUAGAAAUCGGUCGAUAUACGAAUGACUGAGCUAUACUGAUAAGCUAGAUCGGCAGCCGAUAGAAACAACGAUGCAGGUGCGGCGAUGAUUUUUAUUCAUUUUGAGAAAAUUUAUUUUUGUCUUCUGUAAACUAAAUGAGAACGUCAAAUUUCGCGGUGCACUAUUUUCGAAGAGUUCGCGUGCUAUUGUGCUAAUUUGUUAAGAGAUGAGCGUCGAAUUGACGCGGUGCAAAGUGCCUUACGUACAUCACGAUAGCCGCCGGUAAUUCAGGAAUUCCGUGAAUAUGACAGGAAUCUUCCCAUCGACCUGUGCGCGCGAAUGCUUCUUUAUAUAAAUGAUACUCGCUGCUA